AUGGCCUCUCUUCGCCUUCUUCUGCUGGGGUCCUGGGCCUUUACGGCCCUGGGCCAGCAGUGCGAUUGCGGCCAAUGCCCCAACUAUGAUUGGACGUCCACAUGCUUCGACAACUGCACCGUGACGGGAGACCCGCACGUGGAGCACAGUUGGCGCAAAGGCUACGAGAACGGCUUCGACUUCCAGCCGCAGGGAAUCUGGCGCCUGGCAAAGACGGAGACGUGUGGCGGCACGGUGGAGGUCCAGGCUUUCUUUUGCCAGUACUUCUUCACCAGGCUCAGUUCCGCCAUCGGCUAUGCCAUCACCAUCAACAACGGCGACAAGUACAUCGUGAAGAGGGUCGGCGACGACUACGUGAUCGGCAGCCCCAACGUCGAGAGUGCAACCCUGAAGAUCCUGAACGACAACACUACGGACCCUGCAGCCGGAAUCAUCAUCACGAGCACCGACAACUGCAUCCGCAUCAAGCUGAACACCCAGCCUUUGUACGGGCGUGCUGCGCAGAAGAAGUUCACUCCCAACGCCUACUUCAACAACAUCGUCAUCAAGGUCUGGGGUUGUGCGACGACGGAGGAAGGCAUCUGCGGAGCUGAGAAACUCUCAACUCAGUACAUUGACCCUGAGAGUGACGCGAACCUCUUCAAGACGCCGGACAACGAAAACCUUUGGCAGGACCUCUGCGAGUUCUGCCAGGAAGAAGGCAAGGCCUUGACGCCUCCCGGCUGCCCCGCGCCCCCGGGUGGCGAUGUCAUGGAGCCCGGCUGCGAGUUCAUGAGGCCAUUCGGAAGCCCGCGCGACAAGCUGUGCUAUCCGGGGGUCACCGAUGACCCCGAGAACGAGGCCGCCCUCGCGGCUCUGAAGGAGGACGGCGAGAACUGCGUUGCCUUCGUGAACCUGCAGACGCCAACCUUCCCGCGCAGGACUUGCAGAGAUUGGUGCCAGGACCGAGGUGCUCGCUGCGUGGCAGCGUGGGACGAUGCGGGCACGGGAAGGUUCCCGAACGAUGCCUUCGCUUGCAACAUCUCGACUGCCACCGAAAAGUCUUGCGAUGACCGCGCACGAGAUACCCACUGCGUGUGCGAAAAGCCGGACAACAACGCGCCCGGAGAGACUGUGGCGAUGACGUGCGCAGAUGCGCGGGACCUGAACGGCUUCAACUUCUCCUACCUGGAUGCUGCUGACAUCUGCCGGACAGAGGCGGUCUGGCUGGAAGGUGUGACCUACCCACAGAACACGGAGCAGCCCACGUUCGAGCAACGGCUGCUGGUGUACUGUGUCCAGGAUGUGUGUGCCACGGAUUCAGAAGACAGGCGGGAAGUGGCCCGAAGCUAUGGAGAUCGUGAUCCAAGCUUCCCUCCCAACAAGCCCAACCUCUGCAACGGCCCUCUGCUUUGCAACCUGAUCUGCACCGCAGGGUUGAUACAGGAUUGGACUCAGUGCAUGGACGUGUGCACGGGCCACCGAUCCAUGCUGAUCCAUGCAACAGGCCACUACUGCAAGGCUGGGCUGUGCCCAAGCUUGCUGCAAGAGACGGAGAUCAUGGGACUGCUGCAGCACCGACUAAAGGAGAACAGCAGCUUGGAGAUCACGGAUGAGAACACGGAGUCGAGGAGGUCCCGGAAGUCGUCGUUCAGCUCCCGGCGCUCUAUCAGCUCCCGGUCCCGGCGAUCGAGCUCCUCGCGCCGCUCUAUCAGCAGCAGGUCUCGGCGGUCCUCGCGACGCAGCAGCAGGUCUCGGCGAUCAACGUCGCGACGCGUGGUCAUCGGGGUCCGCCGCCGCAAGGUCGUCAAGGACGACGACAUCUGGGUGCGCCGCCGCAUUGUCAAGGACGACGACAAGGACUCCCGCCGCCGCAUUGUCAAGGACGAUGACAAGGACUCCCGGCGCCGCAUUGUCAAGGACGACGACAAGGACGAUGAUUCCGAUGAUUCGGACGAUGACGACGACAAGGGCAAGUGCGUGGAUGAGGACUCUCUGUGCAAGAAGAUCUGCUAUGGCUUCAAGCUGGAGGGCAAGGAUCUUUACUGGUGCUUGCAUCGCUGCCAUGCCAAGUUUGAUAAGCAGCUCAAGCCCGGCAUGGACAGCUACUGCAUGGAGUGUGGCAAGUACUGCGGGCAUCCUGAUGUCACCACCAGCACCACAACCACGACAACCAGGACACCCAGCACAGAGAUUUGUCCCUUCACCACCACGACUACGACCACGACGCACCCGGUCUAUGGGGAUGACGAUGAUGACGGUUCUCGCCGCCGCAUUGUCAAGGACGAUGACAAGGACGACGACGGGACUCGCCGCCGCAUCUUCAAGGACGAUGACGGCUCUCGGCGGCGUAUCUUCAAGGACGACGAUGGCUCUCGGCGCCGCAUCUUCAAGGGCGAUGACGAUGAUUAG